AUGGGGACGUCCGGAUGUGACAGGUCCGGAUGUGGCAGGUUUUACUGUACAAAACUUACUGCAAAUCCUAAGUAUCAUGUUUUACCAUAUGAAGAUAAAGCUAGUGUGAAAGCUACAAAAAUUGUUUUCAUAGAACCAUAUACUAGUGUAGAAUGUGAAAUGGCAUAUUUAGGAAAGGCCGAAAAAAAAGUUCGUGACAUGGCUGAUCUUUUAAAAACGCUAUCGAUGUUUGAUGUGCGAGUAAAAUCCCUUUUCAUUGCUGCACGAGUUUGGGCCGAGGUUUGUGCAAUUGAUGAAGUAGAUGAUGGUAAACUUCCAGCUAUUGCGUUUCCAUUAUUGGUAACAUAUUUCUUACAGAGAUGUCAAGAACCUGUGUUACCAGUUGUUAAAAUUGAAGAUUUCAAGGUUAUGCAGUACAAACUAAAAACUUGUCCAAAAACAACUACAUCUGUAGGAGAGUUAUGGUUUGAAUUUUUGAAGUUUUAUGCUGUGAUAUUCAAUUGGGAUGAAAACAUCGUAUCAAUAACUGAUUUGGGACCAGUUUCAAAAAGCUCUAAAUGCAUGGAAAAAGUAUGGAUGUACAUUGAAGAUCCAUUCGAUGGAGGAAAUAUUGCUAAAUCUGUUACCAAUCUUGAUACAGCUAAUUUUAUUAGAGCUUGCUUUGAUGCUUUUUAUAACCACAGGCCAUCUUUAUGUGGAAGUUCUGGUUCUGUAAAAGGUUCUGAGAAAUGGACUUAUUCAUUUGAUUCAUGUGAUAUUUAUCAGUAUGCUCCACCAGAAUGUGAAGAUUGUGCUGCUCUUGGAACUGGCACGUGUCGGGCUUGUUCGAAAAAAGAAUACGUUCCUGUCUCUGCUCCUUUACCUGAACUUCCAGAUGAUUCUUUAUUACUGAAAACAGCUGAUAAAGUUCUUCAUGAUGUAUAUAAUGAAUAUGUACUUAGUGAAUCUGCAAUUAAGGGACGUAAAGCUUUUGUUGAAGAUUUGGAAAGGUACAUUCAACAGAGAUUUAAAGGAGCAAAAUUAGCUUUGUUUGGAUCUUCAGUUAGUGGAUUUGGGUUUAAUAAAAGUGACCUUGAUAUAAAUUUAACUUUACCUGGUAAUGAGGCGAAAGAGAAGCCUCAGCAAAUUUCGAUUUUAAGAAACGUCAUGAAGCAUUUGCGAAAAAAUGAUAUUUACAAGGACAUAUUUUUGAUACCUGCUGAAAUACCAAUUGUAAAAUUUUGUUAUGCUACAAAUGGAUGGUGUGGAGACAUUAGUUUUGGAAAUUCAUUG